UUAUUUAAUAUUUUUCCUUUAUUACAAGUAGCAGUACACUUGUCAUCACGGCGAUGGCACAUAUGAAAAUGCCGCAGUAAGACGGAGUCCACCUCAGAUCCCCUCGAUCCCCGCCCGCCGCCUAAUGCCGCCGCCACCGCCGCCCCCGCCCCCGCCGCUGGGCGCCGGCGCCGGCGGCCGGAGGCGGUGGCAGCACCGCCUGAGCCCCACACUCGCACGGGACCGCUGCUACACCCGCGCCUUCCGCUCCGCGGGCCUCCGCCCCACCGCCGUGCCGCUCCCGGACGGCGCCGUCGUCCACCUCUGGCUCCCGCCCCCCGCCCCCACGGUGCCGGCGGCGCCGCCCCACCCCGUCCUCCUCCUCCACGGCUUCGGCGCGCGCGCCACCUGGCAGUGGGCGCCCUUCCUCCGCCCCCUCAUCGCCGCGGGCCUCGCCCCGUACAUCCCCGACCUCGUCUUCUUCGGCGACUCCGCCUCCCCCGCCGGCGACCGCUCCCCGGCCUACCAGGCCGCCUGCGUCGCCGCCGCCAUUGCGGCGCUCCCCGGCGCGCCGCAGCGGUACGCGGUCGUCGGAGUCAGCUACGGUGGCUUCGUGGCGUACCACCUCGCCCACGCGUUCCCUGCCGCGGUGGAGCGGCUCGUGCUGGUCGCGGCCGGGGUCUGCCUCGAGGAGGCCGACCUCGCCGCGGGGCUCUUCGCCGUGGAGGAUAUCGCGGAGGCGGCCAGCCUGCUGCUGCCGCAGCGGCCGGAGGAUCUGAGGAGGCUGGUCGGGCUCACCUUCUGCCGGCCGCCGCGGUUCAUGCCGUCCUGCUUCAUCAGGGACUACAUCAGGGUUAUGUGCACUGAGAAUGUAAAGGAAAAGACUGAGUUGUUAUAUGCUUUGAUCAAUGGUAGGAAGCUCUCAGAUCUUCCAAAAAUUAACCAGCAAACCUUGAUAAUCUGGGGAGAACAAGAUCGGGUCUUUCCAUUGGAGCUUGGCCUACGGCUGAAGAGACAUUUGGGGGAUACAUCUGAGCUAGUCAUUGUCAAGAAUGCUGGCCAUGCUAUAAACCGUGAAAAGCCAGCUGAGCUAUGUAGACUUAUAAAGAACUAUAUUGCUGAUCCCUCAGUCAAGUAUCGAGAUGGCCACAAGGGCUCCUGGAAGAACACUAUAAAAAGGUUUGCUGGGUCGAGUCUGAGAAAGGUUGACUCUACCCGACCACUGCUAUAAUGCAUAUAAUGAGUUACUGACCAAUACUAUAAUGUUUUAUUUACUAUUUUUAAAUGUUAUUGGAUAAAGAAAACACAAAAAAAUGACGACGGAAUUAAGAUUGACAAGUUGUGACCGCAGCUAUAUUUCGUAUAUAAGGAUACGACCAGUUAGGAAACUGGGCUUAUUUUUACAGACAUAUUCGAUUCUCUGAAUUGGGCCUUUUACUUGUCCAAUAUAUCCAUCAGCAUGGCCUUCUGAGCCUUUUUCCAGUUGCACUGGUGGACCCAUUCAGGAGAAAUAUAUGUUUGAUUUGUUCCAAACAGAUUUAAUGGUAUCAGGAUGAUUUUAGUUAUCUUAGCUUUUAAUAGCUAUGGUUUAUUAAAUACCCCACAACUCAACUGAGCACAAGUGCCAAAGGAGAAAUUCAUUCUCAUGGUGACAUGCUGAGUUGCUGACAUUACCAUAGUGCUGCCUAAGGCAAUUACUAUAUGCAUCACAUCUGCAAGGUUGCACCAUUUCCUGGAGUUUCGCUGGCGCCAAGAAGCACUCGCCACCUGGAACAUCCGAUUCGCUCAGCACCAGCAACAGGAUCACCUAGCAUGGAGUACUUGCUAUGGCAUUCAGAAAAGAAAAAGAGUUUGUGAUUGCGACCCAAGUGGUUUCGGUUUGUGGCUUGGGAAUUAGGCCAUGUCCAUGGAUGUCCUGAGAUUCUUUGGUUCCAUGUUCUGGUGGCUGGGCACUCGAGUACAAUAAUAAUUUCUCUUGAGUCAUCCAGCCAUGGCAUCUUGUUCAGUGUCCACUCUUCUUUGGAGAAAAAUGUUCUGCUCUUGCUGCAAGACUGUUAGAUUUGUAUGGGGACAGAAAGGAAGUGGACAACUCUUCAGAAUUCAGAUAAAGAUAAUUUGGACGGUGUAGAUUAAUUUGAGAUCACCAGGAUGCCGAAACUAUGCAUAUGAAACUUGGAUCAGGUAGCUUUGAUCUUACAUAAACAUGUAGGUUGUUAUGAAUCUGGGUAUUUGUCAAUAAAUUGAUGCUUGAGUAUGCCCAUUUGCAAACACGGCUUGGUCCUGUUUGGAUGAGAAUCA